GAAAUUCUGCACCGAGGUUGAUCGUGUGGAUUUCAAGCUGGCGACUCGCUUUCCCCAGCAGUCGGACGUGCGAGACAUUGCGCACUCCAUGCCACCCCUGCUGCCGGCUGCUGCCGGCUGUGUGCACGAUGGACUCGUUGGAGCGGCCGAGCUCUAGCCCUUACCACUGAACCCCACUAACAACCCAGGAACUGGUCUCGUUAUCGGCUCGGGCAGCUCGCUUGCGAACUCGGGGCCGGCGUCGGUCUUCAUCGCCUAUGUGAUCAUGGGCCUCGUGUGUUUCUCGGUCCUGCUGUCCCUUGGUGAGAUGUCGACCAAGUUCCCCUCCAAGAAGGGUUUCGCUGGUCACGCCACUCGCUGCGUCGACCCCGCCUUCGGCUUCUGCACUGCCCUCGUCUACCUCUGCAAGUACCUCAUUCUUUCGCCCAACCAGAUUGUCGCUGGUUCGCUGGUUAUCCGUUUCUGGAACGCCCAGGUCAACUCUGCGGCCUGGGUCUCGAUCAUGAUUGCCUUUGUUGUGGCUAUCAACUGCCUCGGAAUCAAGUGGUUCGGAGAGGUUGAAUUCUGGCUCUCGUUCAUCAAGAUCUUGACUCUUACCGGUCUGAUCCUCCUUUCGCUCAUUAUCGACCUUGGCGGUGUACCCGGCCAGGAGCGCAUCGGCUUCCGCUACUGGAAGAACGGCAAGGCGUUCCUUCCCUACAAGAGCGACGUCCUCGGCACCGGCAGCUUCGGCAAGUUUGCAGGCUUUAUCAACGCCCUCGUCCUCGCCCUCUUCGCCUACAUGGGCACUGAGCUGAUCGGUGUCACCGUCGGCGAGGCCAAGAACCCGCGCAAGACGGUGCCCUCGGCCAUCAAGAAGACGUUCUACCGUAUCCUCUUCUUCUACAUCAUCCUCAUCCUGCUCGUGGGUAUGAUUGUGGACCCCACCGGCCCCGAGCUCGCCGCCGCCAAGGCCAAGGGCACUGCCGGCGGUGCCUCUGCCUCCCCCUUUGUCGUUGCCAUCAAGGAGGCCAACAUCAAGGCCCUCCCCUCGAUCCUCAACGCCUGUAUCCUCCUCUUCACCUUCUCGGCCGCCAACUCGGACCAGUACAUUGCUUCGCGCACGCUCUACGGCAUGGCCAAGGACGGCCACGCGCCCAAGAUCUUUGCCAAGUGCACGGCGCGCGGUGUCCCCUGGGUGGCGUUCGCCUUCACCGCCUGCUUCAUGGGCCUCGCGUUCCUCGUCGCCGACCAGAACGCGUACUCGGUCUUCAUCUACUUUACGCAGUCGGUGACGAUCUGCGGUGCGCUGUCGUGGAUCUCGAUCCUUGCAUCCCACAUCGCCAUGAUGAAGGGCAUGCGCGCGCAAGGCAUCUCGCGCGACACGCUGCCCUACAAGGCGCCGUUCCAGCCCUACCUCUCGUACUUUGCGCUGUGCUUCACCGUCGUCCUCACGAUCUUCAAGGGGUUCGACGCGUUCAUCCACUCGCCCAACGCCGCCAAGAACAAGAAGUGGGACUACAAGUCGUUCAUCACCCACUACAUCGCCGUGCCCGUCUACGUCUUCGGAUACCUCGGCUACAAGUUCUACCACAAGACCAAGUGGGUCAAGCUCGACGAGAUGGACCUCGACUCGGGCUCGCGCGAGUUCGACGACAUUGUCGUCGACGACGAAGAGGAGGCGUACUAUGCCAGCCUGUCCUUCUGGGGCAAGCUCAAGUGGCAGCUCCUCAACUGGUAAUCGACACGAAUAGUUUUAACGAGAGUAGUCUGUAGGUCGGGCGGCUGUCUCGAUGUAGAAUCAUAAUUGCACAGCGCACAAGGCGGAAUGU